AUGCCAGUUGCGACUCAUGAUAAUGUAGAAACGCCAUGUCAUCGGCAAUACUUCUACGUCGGAGGAGUGUACGAGGAGGACAAAAGCACGAGUUUCGGUGGACAUAUCAUGAGAGAUCAGACAUACGUGGAAUGCUUGACGCCUGUGGGCGGGCUCACACGGGAAUAUCCCCUCAUCUUCGUCCAUGGAGGUGGUCAAAGUGGGUUGAACUGGCUGCAUACACCAGACGGUCGAAAAGGGUGGGCUUCCUUCUUUCUCGACCGGGGCUACACGGUCUACCUGAUAGACACGGCAUCAAGAGGCAGAUCAGCGCCGGCCCUCGAGCACAAGCACAUCCAGUAUCCGACGGGGUUCGUAGAGGACCAGUUCACUGCACCAAAACACGCGGCAAAGUGGCCACAAGCGAAAUUGCACACGCAAUGGCCCGGAACAGGUCAGCGAGGCGAUCCGAUCUUCGACCAGUUCUACGCCUCUGUCUUACCAAGCAUGUGUAGUCUGGUCAUGCAACAGCAAGCUACAAAAGCUGGCCUAGUUGCUCUGCUCGAACGGAUCGGCUGUCCGAGUAUCCUGGUCACACACUCUCAGGGUGGGCCUGGGGGGUGGCUUGCCGCGGACGCCUGCCCGUCGCUCGUCAAGGCCAUCAUCGCCGUCGAGCCAAACGGGCCGCCUUUUUCAGGGACACACCCAUCUGAGGGCGUCCGCAGGGCACGCAUGUGGGGUCUCGCUGAUAUCCCCUUGACAUUUGAGCCGCCGAUUACAGAUCCUUCCGAGUUCCACCUUGUCACAAUUCCGGCGACCCAAGAGGGUCGAUCCCCAGUGAUACUGCAGGAUGACCGUGCAGGGCGGGCGGUCCACAAGCUGAAGAAUCUCCAGGACAUACCGGUGCUGGUGGAGGUGGGCGAGGCCAGCUACCAUGCCGAAUAUGACCACGCGACGGUCGCGUUUUUGCGACAGGCCGGGGUCGCCUGUGACUUCGUUCGGCUGGAGGAGCUGGGCAUCAAGGGCAACGGACACAUGCAGAUGCUGGAAUUGAAUAAUCUGGCCAUUGCGGAAGUGUUGCAAGAGUGGAUUGAAGGCAAGUUGCCCCACAGCAAGACUUGA